CACCGCUGACCGACACCGACCUCCUGCUCGUCUCCAGGCCGCGGCAUGGACGCCGGAGCCCGGCCUGUUUCCUCUGAAUCACAGCGGGUCCGGUUCGAGCGGCGUUCCGCACCGAAGCUGAAGAUAAUACCGACGGUGAAGAAGAUAAAGAUGAUGAUGAUGAUGGCGGUGUGCAGUUAGAGCUGCGGAGCGGAAACACGCCGCAAACAGAAUCCGUGCGGGAGCAUCGCGCUCCGAUGCAGCAGAAAAAUCGCCAUUGUUUGGAUGCGCAGCAGACUGAGAGGAAAAACCCAGACUGUACGGGAAGUGUUUGACAGAGAGACGCCAUGCUUUCACCGCUGCUUCUAACGGUGUGUCUGCUCUGGUUUACCCAGAUCUCGGCCUUUCGGGCGUCUGUGAACGACGCCGGUUUGAUCGCGGUGACGCUCGAGCGCUCAGACCUGCAGGAGAACGUCACGGCGUACGCAACGCAGAUCUCCGGAGAACCUCGUCCGAUCCUGGUCCAGUUCGUGAACACCAGCGAGCCUGUGCUGUUCAACACGUCGUUUCACGGCCUCUGCUACACUGUGGGACUGCUGGUUAAACUGGGACAGACCUGGUCCAGACCCGUCAAGACCGUCUCUGUGCUCACAAAGCCUCUUCCUGUCCGCAGAGCUCACAUCUCAGACUACAGGGAGUCUCCAGAGACCGGCGUGGUGUUUGAGAUCGAGCCUCCGGCCGGUAACGUCUUCAGCCGAGUCAACAUCAGCUACACUGAAGGACAAGAACGACGAUCUAUGCUUUAUAAAGAUUUCUACAAAGGGAAGACGGUGUUCAAACACUGGUUACCUGGGACGUGUUACCGUAACAUCACCUUCCAGCUGAUCUCUGAGGCCACAGUGAACCAGACUGCACUGGUUACACACAGCGACAUCACACACACACCUCUGCACCACAGGACAGUGCCCUUCCCCCCCCUCAACAUUUCCCGUAAGAUCGUCCACCUGAGCCAGAGGACGCUGCCAGGGGAAGACGCCAACCUCGUGCCUCCUGAGGCGGGCGAGGAGAGCCGGCGAGCCUCCCGUCGAUCGCGGGACGUCCCUCUGAUAGAGGAGGAGGAGGAGAACACCUCUGAGGAGGCGGCGGGCAUUUCCACUCAGGUUCCCUUCGGCCCAACGCGCAACCUGACAGGCGCCGACGCCGUGAGGACCAAUCAGUCGGCGGAGACUCGGAGCUUCUGGCCGGACCCCACCGACCCUACUCCUGCUGGAGACGGGGAGGACGAGUUCGUCAACGCCGUGGUGCCCGAGUACGAGGACUCCAACGAGCCGGGCUCAGCCAUGGGUCUCCCCGCGGAGGCCUCCGUCCUGCCCACCACACUGCCCCCCAUCCUGCUGGAGCUGCGCUGGCUGCCGCCCCGACCCCCCACCAGCUACGACGGCUUCAACAUCUACAUCUACAGAGACGGUAACUCCACAGAAACAGCCACGGUGGAUGAAAACACUCACGAGUUCUUCACUGAGCUGACGGAGCCGGGGACGUACCGAGUCCAGGUCACCACGCUCAGCUCGUCCGGAGACUGCGAGGCCCGAGAGAGCAGCGCCGGCGCCGCCUUCACCUUCUACCUCAGUCCCGGCGGUGAGCUGCUGGAGGAUCUCCGGGAGCGUCCUCAGGCCGUCACCGUCAGACUGCUGGACUCCAGCACCGCCGCCGUCUCCUGGGCUCAGUCCUCCGAGAACCACAACGGCAGCCUGGUGUCGGUGGUGUCUACGACCUGCCUCAGGCCGAGCCUCAGCCAGAGGAUGGAGAACACGUACUGCAGCGAGGAAAACACCACGAGUGACAUCAUCACUAACCUGACCCCCGGGGCUCAGUACCGAGUGGUCGUCUAUCACACUAACGGGCCCCUGAUCAGUCCUCCGUCUGAACCCGUCAUCAUCGAUAUCGAGCCCACAGGUGUGCGCGAGCUGGCCGUUUACCCCCUGAGUCCGACGGCGGUGAUCCUGAGCUGGCAGCGUCCGUAUCACGUCUCCUUCAGGAAGUACGUCCUGCAGACCUUCUUCUUCAACCCCGUCACCCUGGCCUCGGAGUGGACCACCUACUACGAGAUCGCCGCCACCGCCUCCAUCAUCGCCUCAGUGAGAGUCACGGAUCUGCUGCCGGCUUGGUAUUAUAAUUUUCGUGUUUCGAUGGUGACGUGGGGCGACCCGCCGCUCAGCUGCUGCGACAGCGCCACCGUCAGCUUUGUUACAGCUCCCGAGGCUCCUCACAUCUCCUCGGUGGAUUACUCUCAUGGCGUCCUGUACGUUCGUUGGACGUACGGCGAGCUCUUCAUCGACCUAUCACACUCCAGGAUGCUGCACUGGCAGGUGGUGGCCGUCGGCAAGAAAGGACCGGAGAAGAGCUACUCCAUCGACGUGACUCGUAACGUGAUGCGGGCCAGCCUCCCUCUGCCCCCAGGAGACAUCUACAACCUGACGGUGACGGCCUGCACCGAACGCAGCAGGAACACCUCCAUGCCAAACAUCAUCAAACUGGAGCCGGCUCCUCCCAGGUCUCUGUUCGCUGUGAACGCCACUCACUCGGCUGUGACUCUGCUGUGGACCGAGGAGGGAGUGGUGGACUACUACCAGGUCCUCUGCAAACCCAGCAAACCCAGCAAGGAACGCAAGGCCUGGGAACCUCAGACGGCCAACUCUCACGUGGUGACGGUGUCUGGUUUGAUGCCCUCAUCCACCUACAACUGCACCGUCACCAGCUUCAGCUACAGCACGCCCAGCAAGCCCGCGCACAUCACCAUCACCACUGUCGCUAAAGAGAUGAACCCGAGCGUAGCAGCGAUCUCGGCUCUGGCCGUCCUCAGCAUCCUGCUCAUCUGCCUGCUGGUUCUGUUUCUGCUCAUCCUCCGCAAGAAGCAUCUGCAGAUGACCAGAGAGUGCGGCGCAGAGACUUUCGUCAAUUUUGCUUCAUUUGAAAGAGAUGGAAAGCUUCCUUAUAACUGGCGAAGAAGCCUCUUUGCCUUCCUUACCCUACUGCCAUCCUGCCUUUGGACUGACUAUCUUUUGGCUUUUUAUAUUAAUCCUUGGAGCAAGACAGCUUUAAAGAAACGGAAGCUAACAAGUCCUGUGCAGCUGGACGACUUCGACGCCUACUUCAAAGACAUGAGCAAAGACUCGGCCUACAAGUUCUCGCUGCAGUUUGAGGAGCUGAAGAGCGUCGGGCUGGAUCUUUCCCAUGAUGCAGCAGACCUGCCCGUCAACAGGCCGAAGAACAGAUACACCAACAUCCUCCCCUACGACUUCAGUCGGGUGAAGCUGAUCUCGAUGCACAACGACGAAGGUUCAGACUACAUCAACGCCAACUACAUCCCUGGAUAUAAACAUGCUAAAGAGUACAUCGCCACUCAGGGCCCGCUGCCCGAAACCCGUAAUGACUUCUGGAAGAUGGUUCUGCAGCAGAAGUCUCCGAUCAUCGUCAUGUUGACUCAGUGCAACGAGCGGCGGAGGGUGAAGUGUGAUCACUACUGGCCGUUCACAGACGAGCCUGUGAUGUACGGAGAGAUCAGCGUGGAGAUGCUCUCUGAAACAGAGUCUCCGGAGUGGACCACCAGGACGUUCAGACUGGGAUAUGCCGACGAGACUCAGGAAGUCCUCCACCUCAACUACACCUCGUGGCCGGAUCACGGCGUCCCCACGGUCAACGCCAUCGAAAGCAUCCUGCAGUUCGUGCACAUCGUCCGCCAGCAGGCCAACAGGACCAAAGACCCCGUUAUAGUCCACUGCAGUGCUGGAGUCGGCAGGACGGGGACCUUCAUCGCUCUGGACCGUCUGAUGCAGCACAUCCAGCACGAGUUUGCAGAUAUCCUGGGGAUGGUGUCCGAGAUGCGUUCACACCGUCUGUCGAUGGUCCAGACCGAGGAGCAGUACGUGUUCAUCCAUCAGUGCGUUAUGUUGAUGUGGCAGAAGAAGAAGCAGCAGUCCAUCACCUCUGAUGUCAUCUACGAGAACGCCAGCAAGACAUAAUGAUGGCGCCUCCUCCAGACGCUGCGAACACACCCAACCUCCUGUGCUUCAGGCAUCCAUUCUCUGCAGAAGAAGAUCUGCUUCAUCAUCAGUAAAAUCAGAAAACAAAAACAGCAGAACAUCUCGACGACACAGGCGGAAGAAGGGGGAAAAAAACCCAGUUUUUUGUUUGAAUUGGUGUUAAAGCGUGGGAUGGAGUUUUGCCUUAAGGAGCCUUUCACUGACUGACCAACAUGUUGAACCACAACCCUGCCCUCUGAACUGGACUGCUUCAUGUCAACGUGGGGUCGGAGGAGUCGGAGGGGCGUUAACGAGCUCCGUCCUGUGAUUGGAUGUCUACACUGUGUCCGUCCUCGUUCUGACGACGCGAGACGACGAGUCUGUGGAGCCGAGUCAGCAGUUUUUCAUUUUAUUUAAUCUCAGGAGUAGCUGGAAAAAAAAAAAAAAAAAACCAAACAGCGAGCACACUGGCCUCUUCCUCCGCUUCGAAAGUCAUACAUCAUUUGUUUUUGGUUUUAUUUGCAUCGUUAAGUGUUCACCUUCCCCGCAGAGUGCAGCUUUCCUGGCUUUUUGCGACGUCGGGAGUCGUAGGCGGUAGAUUGCAACGUCACACUGCCAAACACGCCGAACUCUUAACGUGAUUAAAAACACCUCCUGCUGUAACGUGCUAACCAACUGCCAGGACUGCUGCACAGACAACGUUCACUGGAAGAACCCAGCAAGCAUUCGACGAAGGAUCAAGUUCUGGAGAAUGAGCACAAAAGUUCACACGUCGGGAUGUUGAACGGAUUUUUAAAACUUGAUGAUUUUUUUUUUUUAAUCGAACACAAAACAUUAAUCGUGAUUGGAGCUUUCCAAACAUUAUGUUUCUGUCCUGGUUGAAGACGCUGUCAAACUAAAUUGGCGAAUAUAAAAUUAAACACAAACGUGGUCGCGUCGCCUGGUCAGAACAUCAUUUGGACCAUUUCUGCUGCAGACCCAUCGUUCCGGUUCUCAGCCUCGAAGUGUUUUAUCAGAAAAAGGUAUUUUAGUAUCGAUGCUGCUCGACUUUUUAUUACUCGUGCGAAUGUUUGCUGGGUCCGCACAAGAACUAAAAAAGGGCACAAAAACAGCUGAAGGGAACAACGGCUUUCUGUGAAAACACGAGUGCCUCAUGCUGCCGCCCCGUCGCUGUCGGGCGCGUUGAGGCCAGUUUAGACGCUAGAGACUGUGGUUGUAGAGCUGUAGUUUGUAUUUGCACUGAGGCCUCCGAGCUGCCUGAGCUGCCUGACCUGCUGACAGAAGAAGGGAAAGAGUUUCUGACUGUCGAGGACGAACUGUACCGUCCCGUGGGCUCUUUUUAACGGAAGGACCUCGCUCUGAAGACGUAGAUUAAUUUUAGACUAGCGGAGAGGUUUUUUACCCUCUAAAGGUUUGUGAUCUAAUCGGCUGCAACAAUCCUGUUUGGAAACAAACAGCAGAGAAAUGGAUCUGACAGUAUCUGAAGACAGGAGAGAGACGAUUACUCAGACAGUUGAACUGCCAAAACCACCAAGAUAUUAUAUCAAGACCUGACAUCAAGUUGUUUCCCUUUAUGUUGCUGAAUUUGGGGAAUGAUAGAAACAUAUAUCCAGGGCAACUUCAAUAUCUUUAAUCCAACCAAUUAUAAAGCUGCAGCUAUUUUUCAUGAAAUAAAUAAAUACUGUACAAAGUGAAAGGAUAAAACAUUUUAACCUGAAGAAAUAUUAAACUUUGGUGAAGCUCCAACAAGAUCUGUCACAAUCCCAAUAUGUGUGAUUAAAUGAGAACUCUCAAAUUUGGGGUUUUAAAUUUUUUUAGAUGUUCUGUUGGGAUAGCACUCCCAAACCAAGAUGUUGGAUAACACCCCCCAAUUUGUAUAGCAAGUUAUGUCGUGCAGGAAAAAUGUAGUAUUAAAGUUCAAGUUUUUACUUCAGUGCCACAAUUUGGUUACCACGAAUAUGAAAAUGUUGGUAUCGCACUCUUGUGAUCGUUGACCCCAAAUUAUGUUACAACCCCAAGAUUUGGCAUCAUGCCCCAAAAGAUUGUAAGCCUUUGUUUUAAUUCCCAAAUUUUGUUUAACAAACACUAAAUGUAUGUAAAAUUGUGGGUUUGCGCUCCUACAAUUAGUUUUAAUCAAAAUUAUUAAGCUCUGCCUAAAUUUAUGAUGUUUUGUUAUGUGCCCAAAACGUGGUGCGGCUCUGCCCAAGGUUAUAAAUGGCAGAUCUGACUUCCACUUAAACCUGUUUGUCUUGUGUUCGUUUGGGGAGACCACCGCCAAAAAGCUACAAGGACAUUUGGCUGUUCUAACAAAAUCAGUGUGUUAAAGAGUCGUUUUUUGGAUUUAUAAAACCUGGGCCCUGUUUUCACACGUGUUGGUGUGGAAAUGACUCGUAGGUACAGAAAGUCUUGGAUCUGCGCAGUAGAUGUUUCAGCCGGCAGCUGAACCGGCUUCUCGUUGCCGCUGACGGGCUCAGACUGCAACACCAGGUGUCUGACAACAUCAGGCGAAGGAUCCCUGUGAGGGACUCCCGGUGACCCCCUUCGUUUUUAACAGGAAAGUCUCGCUCUGAAAUCUCGUGAGAGGCGACUUGCUGCAGGACGACGCCGGUGGAAACGUGAGUCAGAUUUGGUGAGGAGAGGAAACUCCUCUCACUUUCUGUGGACGCCAUUUUGACAGGAAGGAAUACCUUGCAGCCGGUUCAGCUGCCGGCUGAAGCAUCUACUGCGCAGACUCAAAACUUCCUGUCCAUACGAGUCAUUUCAACACCACAAUAUGUGAAAACAGGGCCCAGGUUUGAAAAUACCUGAAUUAUGCUUUAACCCUUUAGUUGUUUCGGGGCCUGAAGCUUUGACCGUGGAUCAGGCCGACUGCACAUCUCUGUCUUAAACACACGACAACUGUACAGAAAAUUGUUAUGAGGCCGUUUUCUGAACCAUCAGCAUCAGAUCAACUUCCAAUAAUUUAGUUAGUUUUUCUUCAUCUUUCUACUGAACAUUUGACUUGAAGGGCAAAAGACAAGUCCACAUUUAUUUCUCACAUCCGUGAUGACUGUAGAGAAUGUUAACUGAACAGACGACAGUGGCCGACUUCUUUCAAAGUUUUAUAGGAUGCUGUCAAAAUAACAACCGAGAGUUAAGAGCCGCUUUUCUUUUCACAUUAGAAAGAUCCAAUAACUAGGACAUAACUUUAUUUAUACAUUCAUAGCAACACUUAUUUUAAGUUUAAAUACCCACAUUUCACUUGAAACGUUUUUCCAAAUGUGCUAAAUAAAACGUUUUUUGUGGAUCAAGUUUAUACUCAACAAAGUAAGGCUGAGUUUGCAGAGUUUAAAUAAACUUUUUUCCGUUUUUUUUAACAAGUAACAUUUAGUUUUAAUUAAACUUCUCAAAUGCAAAUGUCUGAUCAAACAAGUGGGCUUCAACACAGCUCUGCUUACAAAUAAUUCAAGAAAAAGCCACUUCUGAAUGUGUAUUAUUUUGAUAACAACUUGCAAAUAAAUGGUCAAAAAUGAAAUAUGUCGAUAUAUUAGAAAAGCCCAAAUCUGUUAUUGCACUUUUUGGUAUCGUCCCUAAAAUAUGUUAUCAAAUUUCUGCACAGCACUUUUAUGUUAUAACUGAAACAGUAAAUCCUCACAAAUAUUAAAAUUCAGCACGCAUAUUAUUGUUGGAUAAAUUCCAGAAAUAUCUAAAAUAGUUCCAAAAUCCAGUGCAGCGCCACAAAUUGGACAUUUUGGAAAAAUUUGGUUUAAUCCCAAAAGAUAAUUUAGCCUCUAAAAUGUGUUAUGAAGUAAUUUAAGGACGAGGCGAUACUGACUCUGUUUUGAAAUGUUUUGACCACAAUUUUUGUUAAAAUGCCAUUGGACACUUCAAAAGCUAGAUGUUAUAAACCCAAAGUUUGGUGUUGGUCCCAAAAGUGUUCCAGUGCUCACGAAUACCAAAAAUAUUUGUCAAAACAUUUGGCGUAGAAAUAUCCAAAUGUAUUAGAAUUUAAAAUAUUUGGUAUGGCACCCUAAAUAUUUAAUUGAAAGAAAAGCCAUUUGACACGUCACUGUCGAUUUGCUAAAUAAUUUGUCAUUGUGGCCUUUUGGUUCAAAUUCUCCCUUUAAAACGGUUCUAAAAAAACCAAAUAAUUGAAACAGACCUCAAGUACCAAAAUGAGAUGAAAAGCUGCUUCUUAGUGGUGGUUGUUAUUUUGACUUCACCUUGUUUCUAAUUUGUAAACGGAAUUGAACGAAUGUGUGAAAAGGCUGUUGGACGCUUCAGUGUUUACUUGUAAAAUGACUCGUCAUUGUGGCCUUGUGGUUCAAACACCUGAAGUCUGUUCGGUACUUUGGUCGCCACUCAAUCUGAAAUAGUUACAUUUCACUAUUAGAUAUCAAAUGUACUGUACAUACUACUACUACUGCUUAACUAUUCUGUUUCUACUCGUCAUUACAAAGUAAUUCUUGUGGAAGUGUUGCUUUAGAGGUUUCUUUUUUAAAAAGGUUGUCGUAUAUGUGAAUCAUCGUUACCUGAGCCAGAAGAUAAGUCCUCUCGUCGCUGCGACAGUUCGGUUUUUGGGGCUUCAGCAUCGACACGAGCAGCUGGACGUUCGGAGACUCGGCUGCUUGGGAAAAGCGUUGCGUGGACUCGGAGAGACUCGAUCACGACUGUCAAAGAUUUCCAAAAGAAAAAACUGAUGACAACCUGCAGACAAUAUCUGAAAGCUCAGCACUGUACACUCUUCUACAAUUCUUUCUCUUGCUUAGCGUGUGUCCAGUCAAACUUGUACGUCAUUGGUGCCAUUCUUGUGCAUAGUGUCACUUAAAAUUUGAGGGAUGAUCUGGAACACGGAUCAUCGUCACAGUUUUAAUGUGUGUGUGUGUUGGAACAAUAAAAUGUUGCAGUUA